AUUUCCUCUCUUAGACUUCUCUUUCUCUGUCCCUCUAGUCCACUUUUGAGACAGUGACUCAAGGGAAGGAACUUUAUGUAUCCGAUAUGAAUUCCUGGCUUGAAUUAUUACUGAGGUGACUUCAACUACAGAGAGAGAGAGAGAGAGCGAAAGGGGAGGGAGGGAAGGAGAGAGAGAGAGGGAGCCAUGAAUGGUCAGGGUCCAAAUCAAAUGAUUCAGUGAUUUAAAAGGUGCCUCUAUUCCCUGACUAUAUUUGAAAGCAAGCAGUUUCUAGCUAGCAUGGUUGGAGGUUCAGUCGAUUGAGAGGACUUCCCUGUUCUCUGAGACUGUUCACUUGAGCUAAGGAAGAAUUGGGCUUGAUGAGAGCUGAGAGUAGAAUCAACAAACACAGCAAGUGUUGAACAAGAUGGACCGGAUGUCUGAUCAUAGAGUUGGUGAAACUGGUCUUUCGGAUUCAGGACCUUCAAACCAGCCACUAACUUAUGGACUUCAUGGAUUCUCCCCUGCGGGCACCAAUUUCUUUGAUCAGGAAGGAGCUGCUUAUUUUGAGGAGCUGGAGGAGGCACUCAUGCAAGGAGUUGUUGGAAUUAGAAGCGACGGAGACACAAAGACCUAUCUCACAACUAGGCCCCCCACUCUUGAGAUUUUCCCAUCGUGGCCUAUGAGAUUUCACCAUAACACUGUGGGGAAUUCACAAUCAGCAGAGAGCAGUGAUUCAGGAUCAGCACAGAACACAAUAUCUCAGCUGGAAUCAGAAUCUCCAGUUAGCAGAAAGGACGAUUACUCUGAGCUAUUUACAGAGCAGCAGCAGCAACAGCAACAGCAGCAGAUGAUUCCCAGUGAUGGCUCUAAAACUGAAAUAGGAACAGCAGGAAAUCAUCAAUCCAGAGAUCAAGACAAGAGGAGGCUGACUACAGAAAAAGAUGGAAGGAACCUGGAUGCAAAGACAUUGAGAAGACUGGCUCAAAAUAGAGAAGCAGCUAGAAAGAGUCGGCUAAGAAAGAAGGCAUACGUGCAGCAACUAGAAAGCAGUAGAAUGAAGCUUGCACAGCUAGAGCAAGACCUUCAGAGAGCACGAUCACAGGGUCUCUUAAUACCAGGAGCAAGCACAAAUGGAGGUAUAAGCUCUGGUGCAGAAAUCUUUGACAUGGAAUAUGCACAGUGGCUGGAUGAGAACUAUAAGCACAUGGCAGAGCUGCAAGGAGGCUUACAGGCCCAUCUUCCUGACGGCAACCUUCGAGUCAUCGUCGACGACUGCCUCAAACACUACGAUGAGAUCUUCAGAUUAAAAACUAUCGCAGCAAAAUCCGACGUCUUCCACCUCAUCACCGGAAUGUGGACUACUCCGGCCGAGCGUUGCUUCCUUUGGAUGGGCGGUUUUCGUCCCUCUGAUCUGCUCAAAAUUCUUAUGCCUCAUUUGGAUCCAUUAACGGAGCAACAGUUAGUGGGAUUAUGCAACCUUCAACAAUCUUCACAGCAAGCGGAGGAGGCUCUUUCACAGGGACUGGAGCAGCUCCAGCAAUCAUUAGCUGAUACAGUGGCGAGUGGCUCGCUAAGUGAAGAUCCAAAGGUCGGGAAUUAUAUGGGACAGAUGGCAAUGGCUUUGGGAAAGAUAGGCAACCUCGAAGGAUUUGUUCGGCAGGCUGAUAAUCUAAGACAGCAGACGCUUCACCAACUGAGGCGUAUUUUGACAAUUCGACAAGCUGCAAGGUGUUUUCUGGCAAUUGGAGAGUACAAUAGCCGAUUGCGUGCGCUCAGCUCGCUUUGGUCUUCGCGGCCUCGAGAGAACUCGAUAGCCACUGAGAACUCUUUCGCUCCAGCUACAAGCCUUCAAAUCCUUCAACAACCAGUUGAUGCUCAUUUUUCAGUCUUCUGACUUCAAAUCUUACACUGUGAAAAUGCCUAGAGGUACAUAGAGAGAGAAGGAGAGAGAGAAUAUGAGAGAGAAAGAGAGAGAGAGAGAAUAUGAGAGAGAAAGAGGGUCAGAGAGAGAGAGAGAGGAUCAUAAAUUCUUCCUUGAUUAUACUUAGCUAGAAAGAGAGAACAUUGGAAGGGAUUUAUGAUAAUUUGGAAGAGUAGGGGAAGAGGCAUUUUCUCAUUAGGUGUGGAGACUUAGCUAAGGAAGAUGUGUAUUCUAUUUUGGAUGAGUAAUUGCAAGGGGCUUUCUUCAUUUC